AAUUUUCUAGAAGUGCUUGAAUAAAUAAAACGGUCGACUUUUUUCUUUGUAGGUGAAUACUUCUACUUCCGGUCUUCAUGCUAACUGAUGUAGCUUCAUUGGGCAAGCUAACAACUUCCCGGGUCAAGUAGUGCAUGCACAAAGUGACAGUAGCUACUGUCAGUGGGUAUACAGCUAAUGUUUUUUCAUCGUGAAUGAAAUUAAAGUGUUAGCUCAUAAACUAAAAACACACUUUCCAUUUGUUUGGGCGAGUUUCAAUCUCUAUAAAAUGGUGUUUUACUUCACAAGUGCCGUGGUCGACCAACCCUUCACGAUCUACAUGGGAAAAGACAAACAUGAAAAUGAGGAUCUGAUAAAGUUCGGGUGGCCUGAGGACAUCUGGUUUCAUGUGGACAAACUUUCCUCGGCUCACGUCUAUUUAAGAAUGCCAAAGGGAAAAACGAUCCAUGAUAUUCCUCCAGAGGUUCUGAUAGACUGUGCACAGCUGGUGAAAAACAACAGCAUCCAAGGCUGCAAGAUGAACAACAUCAACGUGGUUUACACUCCGUGGGCAAACCUGAAGAAAACCGGAGACAUGGACGUGGGACAAAUUGGCUUCCAUCGGCACAAAGAGGUGAAGAUCGUGGCGGUGGAGAAGAAGAUUAACGAGAUCGUAAACCGUCUGGAGAAAACAAAAGUGGAGAGCUUCCCGGACCUGGCAGCCGAGAAGGAAUCGAGAGAUCAGGAAGAGAGGAAUGAGAAGAAAGCCCUACUUCAGGAGCAGAAGAAGAAGGAGAAAGAUGAGCAGAAGAAGAAAAAGGAGAUGGAGGAACUGAGGAACUAUACUUCACUGAUGAAAGAUGAAAAUAUGAAAACAAAUGAGGAUGGCUACGACUCGGAUGACUUCAUGUGAGAAGGGAAUAUGAAACAGCAAGCAAGUCUGCUGUCGGGACGCUCCGCUGCUGCUUCCGCUCGCAGCCAUUCUGCACGGACUAUGAAUUUUUAAGGACACGGACAAGUGGAUACGCUUUUGCUUUCGGACACUUGGAGCAGAAAGUGGACGAGCGAGGGGUGGUGCAGCGACUGGUGUUCCAGACUCUCCGUUCAGAACGAGCCGGGCCGCGUCCUCAUCACAGGAGAACACUGUCAAAGAGCCAUUUGCAGACCGCAGCAGCUCAGAUAUUCCCAGACGCAGUCAGAUUACUGAGCAGUGCUUUUAAAAACAGAAACAUAAAAGCGGUGUCUCUAUGGGUGUUUAAUCCUUCGAGUUAACCACAUUUUGUUGAAGUUGAAAACCUUCUUGCUCCCUUUCUCGAUCUGCUCAACUGUCUGUAUUUGUUUUAUUGAAUAUGAUUCAUUGUAUUAAUUAAAAUCAAAAGUCAUUACCA